AUGUUUUCAUUUCGCAGGAGCGUCUCUUGGGACAAGAUUCGUCCUUCCAGCUUACACUCUUUAUCCCCUACAUUUACCUUCUAUACGUUUUUGUUUUUAUCUAUUUCUAUUUUCCCCUCCAUUUCUAUCCUAUGUUUGAGGCCCACGACCAACUUUCGAGGCCCCUUUUUAAAUCCAUUCGCUCGAUUUGUUCUGUUCCUUCUCCAUUUUUUAAAACUCAAGUUUUGCUGCUACCAUCAAUGCCAUUGCCGUACUCUCUCUCUCUCUCUCUCUCUCUCUCUCUCUCUCUCUCUCUCUCUUCAACAUAUUUUUUUAUUAUUCUCUUCAUCUUCUUUCUUUCUUCAUCUUCUUUCUUUCUUCAUGUCUCUUCUUUAUUUGCGUUCUUUCUUUCUUGCUUUCUUUUUUCUUCAUGUUCUUUCUCUCUUUAUCUUCUUUCUUUCUUGCUCUCUUUGUGUUCUUUCUUUUUCAUGUUGUUUCUCACUUUCUUUCUUUCUUUCUUUCUUUCUUUCUUUCUUUCUUCGUAAGAAUGUUUUUAAUUUUAUCUUUUCCCUUUUUCUUUCUUGCUCAAUCAUUUUCGCUUUGUUUAAUUUGCAUUUCUUCACUUCUCUUCUUCCAUGUUCACUUUCUUCACUUUGUUUAUUUUUUAUUUCUUUGUUUUUCUUUCUUUCUUUCUUUCUUUCUUUCUUUCUUUCUUUCUUUCUUUCUUUUGGUCCAUCUCCCUUCUUGCUUAAACAUUCUAUGUUUGUUACUUUCUUUCUUCUCUUUUCUUGCUUCUUUCUUUCUUUCUUUCUUUCUUUCUUUCUUUCUUUCUUUCUUUCUUUUGGUCCAUCUCCUUUCUUGCUUAAACAUUCUAUGUUUGUUUCUUUCUUUUCUUUUCCCAGCCUUUUCUUUCUUUCUUUCUUUUUUUCUUUCUUUCUUUCUUUCUUUCUUUCUUUCUUUCUUUAUGUUGGUCCAUCUCCCUUCUUGCUUAAACAUUCUAUGUUUGUUACUUUCUUUCUUUUCUUUUCCCAGCCUUACACUUCUUUCUUUCUUUCUUUCUUUCUUUCUUUCUUUCUUUCUUUCUUUCUUUCUUUCUUUCUUUCUUUUGGUCCAUCUCCUUUCUUGCUUAAACAUUCUAUGUUUGUUACUUUCUUUCUUCUCUUUUCCCAGCCUUACACUUCUUUCUUUCUUUCUUUCUUUCUUUCUUUCUUUCUUUUCUUUCUUUCUUUCUUUCUUUCUUUCUUUCUUUUUUGCCUUACACUUCUUUUCUUUCUUUCUUUCUUUCUUUUCUUUCUUUCUUUCUUUCUUUUCUUUCUUUCUUUCUUUCUUUUGGUCCAUCUCCUUUCUUUUAAACAUUCUAUGUUUGUUACUUUCUUUCUUUUUUCUUUUUUGCCUUACACUUCUUUCUUUCUUUCUUUCUUUCUUUCUUUCUUUCUUUCUUUUUCUUUCUUUCUUUCUUUUUUGGUCCAUCUCCUUUCUUUUAAACAUUCUAUGUUUUUCUUUCUUUCUCUUUUCCCAGCCUUACACUUCUUUCUUUCUUUCUUUCUUUCUUUCUUUUUUCUUUCUUUCUUUCUUUCUUUCUUUCUUUCUUUUGCCUUACUUCUUUCUUUCUUUCUUUCUUUCUUUCUUUUUUCUUUCUUUCUUUCUUUCUUUCUUUUUUCUUGCUUGCUUGCUUGCUUAUUUAUUGAAUUUUACUUUCUUUUUUUCUCGUCAUCCGUUUUCUCUCUUCUUUUUCUUAUAUAUUUCUUUUUCUUUCUGUCUUUCUUUUGUCCCGACCUCUUUCUGUUUAUAACGUUCUUUCUUUCCUCUCUUCUUACAAUUUUCCUUUUUUUUCUCUUUUCUUUCCUUUGUUUUUUUCUCUUGCAACUUCCUUCUUUCGACCUUUACUCUUUCUUCCUUCGUUUCUUCCCUUCGAUAUUUCCUUCAUUCUAUUGCCACUAUCUUGUUCAUACUUUUUUUCUAUUUUCUUCUUUCUUGAUUCGUCCCCUACAGUCCGUUCUUUUUUUGUUGCCUUCUUUAUUUCAUCUUUCUUUCUUUUUCUCUCUCGCUCUUGGGGACAUCAACCGUAGUGCAUUUUUCUCUUAA